AUGGCCACUGCCAGAAUCCAGCCGCUGUCUGCUUCCCAGCUGCAUGAUCCUACUACGGGUGAUGAGAAUCAGAAGGUGGUAUACACGGUGUGGAUGAAAUCACUGGUGUUCAACGGCCACGGGUGCACCAUCUACGGCCAGGACGGGCGCGUGGCCUACCGCGUAGACAACUACGCCUGCACCCGCAGCCGCGAGGUGUUCGUCAUGGACACCGGCGGCAAGACACUCAUCAAGCUACUGCUCAAGAAGAAUUUUGGUUUCUUCAGCACAUGGCAAGGCUACUCAUGCUGCGACGGCGACGACGCUGCAGCCGACCAGCAGCCGUGGUUCAGUGUUCGAAAGGAGUACAGGGUCCUGAAGAACGGAAGGGCCGCCGUGGUCAGGGUGGCCGCCGGCGGGAAGGCGUACACGAUCGACGGCGCGUUGCGCGGGUCGGAGUACUACAGGGUCAGCGACGACGCUGACGGCGCGUCCGUGGCGGAGGUCAGGAGGAAACGGACAUCAUCCGGCUUGGCGCUGGGAGAGGACGUCCUAACCCUGACGGUUGGCCCGGCCAAGGAUCACCUGCUAGUCGUCGGGCUCGUGGUCGUUUGUGGCUUAAUCAGCCGUUGCAUCUGA